AUGAAGUUCGGAGAGACUUUGAAGUUCUCACUUAUCAAGGAGUAUGCUUACUAUUACAUUCAGUAUGACGACUUGAAAUAUGCGAUCAGCAAAGGCUUGAGCAAAAACGGCAACAAGUGGAACAAUUCACUGGAGGAGGACUUCCUCAACAAGAUGGAGAGUGAGCUCGACAAGGUCUACAACUUUGUGAUUCUCAAGCACAAGGAGGUUCUACGAAGAAUGAAGGAGAUGGAGACGCUGGUCAACAACACCGUGAAGAACUCGAAAAAUGCCACCGAGGAAGAGGCCGAGUUCUACGAGCAGGAUUUCCAGGACUUGGAAGAAGAGCUUAGUGAUAUCAUUGCCGAUGUGCACGAUCUCAACAAGUUCACCAGACUCAAUUACAUUGGGUUUCAGAAGAUUUUGAAGAAGCACGAUAAACUCACCAAGUUCAUCCUCAAGCCGAUUUUCCAAGCCAGACUCAACGCAAAAGCAUUCUACAAGGACAACUACGACUCGCUGAUUGUGAAUUUGUCCAAGCUGUACGAUCUCGUCAGGACCAGAGGUAACCCGGUCAAGGGAGAUUCUUCUGCCGGUGGGUCGAUGCAGAACUUUGUCAGACAAACAACCAAGUACUGGGUGCAUCCAGAUAAUAUUACCGAGCUGAAAUUGAUCAUUCUGAAGCAUCUUCCGGUGCUUGUUUUCAACUCGAACAAGGAGUUUGAAGCCGAGGACUCCGCAAUCACCUCCAUCUACUAUGACAAUCCAGACAUGGACCUCUAUUACGGCAGACUGCUAAAGACCGAGGGGGCUGAAGCAAUUAGAAUCAGAUGGUACGGAGGUAUGGGCGCAGAGACCGUUUUCGUGGAGAGAAAGACCCACAGAGAGGACUGGACUGGCGAGAAGAGUGUCAAAGCGAGAUUCCCGCUCAAGGAGAAGAACGUGAACGAUUUCAUGAAGGGAGAGUACACUGUUGCACAGGCUUUUGAAAAGAUGCGCAAAGACGGUAAGAAGAGCGUGCAAGAGAUUGAAAACCUCGAGAGAUUGGCCCAGGAGGUUCAAUACAGAGUCAUCAAGGACAAGUUCAGACCUGUGAUGAGAUCGUUCUACAACAGAACAGCUUUCCAGCUUCCCGGGGAUGCCAGAGUGAGAAUUUCUCUCGAUACGGAGCUCACGAUGGUGCGCGAGGACAAUUUCGACGGUAUCGACAGAACUCAUGGCAACUGGAGAAGAAUGGACAUUGGUGUGAACUAUCCGUUCCCAAGUCUGCCACCCAAGGAUGUGGAACGGUUCCCAUAUGCUGUUUUGGAGGUCAAGUUGCAGACCCAGCUCGGACAGGAGCCUCCGCAGUGGGUGAAGGAAAUGGUUUCAUCGCAUCUUGUGGAAGCUGUUCCUAAGUUUUCCAAGUUUAUUCAUGGAUGUGCCACCCUGCUGCCGGAAAGAGUCGACCUUAUUCCGUUCUGGCUACCUCAGAUGGAUGUUGACAUCAAGAAACCAAAAAAGAACGAGAACUACGGUAUUGUGAGACAGAGACAGCUUGACUCCGGAACUGGAGAGUUUGAUGAGGAAGAGCUGAUCGGCUCGAGCCUAACCUCUGGCUCCACCGGUGUGAACUACGGCGCGGUUUCGUUCAACGAGAACGACAACAGAAUCGAAGAGCUUUCUGAGCCAGAAGACACAACUCUGUACGGAAAGGUUGUUUCGUGGUACAAGAACUUCACCAAGCCAGACAACUCGUUCAACAAAGUUCCUGAAGGAACCGUUUUCGACACCAAGUUCACUGCUCCGCCAGGUAAGAAGAUAUCUGUUGUCGUGAGAGUGGAGCCAAAGGUGUACUUCGCCACUGAAAGAACGUAUUUGUCGUGGCUGUCGAUUGCUCUGAUUUUUGGAGCCACUGCCCACACUCUUCUCAAUUACGGAGACUUUGUGUCCUUGGUGACCUCGACGGGAUUCUACCUUACCGCGAUUCUGACCAUUGUCUACUCCACCUACGUGUACAUUUUCCGCGUGAUCAACAUCCGGAACAAACGUGCCGUGCGGUACGACGACCAACUCGGUCCGAAACUCAUUUGUGGGGCGCUCGCACUUUCGGUGGGGGUGAAUUUCCUCUUCAGGUUUCUGGAGUAG